AAAGAAAAAAGAAAAAAUUGUGAGUAAUUUCAGUUAGCUAUGUUUUGGCCACUAAAAUCACAGUUUACUUAAAAAUACCAGUUAUCAAAAUCCGCAUCCUCUUCAUAAACGCGAACACGAUGAUGCUUAUCAAAAUCACCCGUUGGAAACUAAACCUUUGAUUUUCAUUUUCCGUCACUUUCUCGAGAAAAUUAUAUUUUCUAUCUGCUUUAAUUUCUUCCUUCAAUGGAUCCAGAACAGACAUUCAUACGUGUUCAGGAGAGGUUUUCUCAGAUGCUGACUCCAAAAGUCAGAGUCACUUUGGAGUAUCUCUACCUAUUCAUGGCUAUCACCUUCUUCUGUAUUCUCGUUGUCAUGCACGCCAAUUACGUUCAACAGCCUGGGUGUUCAGGUGAGCUAUCAGGAGUUCUGACAUCAGAAGCCCAACUUAUUCAGAUUAAGAUAACCAGUGCCGGCUUGUGGUCUCACAAUGAUCCUGAAUCAAACAUAAUAGAUUCUUCAGAAGCAGAAGCGGUAAAAGAUAAAAUGGAGGUUUCUGAUGUCAAUCAAGAUGAAUUGACAUUUUUAGGUUCCAAGUUUUUGUGGAACUGGAUUGGUACAGGUGCUAGGAGGGGAAAAUUGGCAUUCAAGUUUUGGAAGACUGACACCGAGUUUCUUGAAGAACAAGCUGAGACCUCUACAAGUAGCCAAAACUCCAGGCUAGUGGUUGAAGAAGCUGUCAUCAAAAUUGAUAAAGAGGAGCCACGGAGUAGUUUUACCUUAUCAGCCAAAGAGACACUAAAAGCAGCAAUUAUACAUUUUGGUAAAAAGUGGUAUAGGCGAAUCUCAUUCAUUUGGAGACACACAAUGCAGAUAAUUGGAAGUUUCCAGAAGCUGUGGGAUAUUGCCGGUGUACACCUAAAUCUUGAUAUUCCCAAAUGGAUGCAUAUCCUUCAUUUGGACAAGGUUAACUCUAAUGCAGUGCAAUGGCUUAAACAGAAAACCAAGUUGUUUGAACCCACAUAUUUGUACACUAUGGAAAAGGGGUAUUUCUUAUUACCUGAAAGUGCCAAGUCUCACCAUAAUAUACGCACUGUUAAUGUUAGCAUAUCAGCCUGGCACUCCUGCUUUGGAAACAGGUGGCAGCAACUACUCAUAAACAGAUUUGUAGGAUAUGAUACAAUUUUAAUCAACAGCUUAUUGAGUUCUCCUGGUCAAGGUUAUCUUUAUAAUUACCAAUCAAAGGAAUUCUAUAACCUUAGUUAUACACUAGAAGUUCCUGAAGUCCCAGCUAAGUUUGGAGAUUACCUUGUAACAAAGUGUGGCGUGCUUAUGAUGUCCUUGUUUGUGUUUUUUACUACCACAAUGUCUGUGUCAUUUACAUUGAGAGAAACACAGACUCGCAUGCUGAAGUUUACAGUGCAGCUUCAACACCAUGCUCGGCAUCGCCUUCCAACAUUUCAGUUGAUCUUUGUACAUGUGAUUGAAUCCCUAGUCUUUGUUCCUAUUAUGAUUGGUAUUCUGUUUUUCCUGUUUGAGUUUUAUGACGAUCAGCUUCUUGCUUUCAUGGUCUUGAUUCUUGUCUGGUUGUGUGAGCUAUUUACUCUUAUUAGUGUUCGAACACCAAUAUCAAUGAAGUUCUUCCCUCGCUUCUUUCUGCUGUAUUUUCUGGUCUUUCACAUAUAUUUCUUUUCUUAUGCUUAUGGUUUUUCAUAUUUGGCCCUCUCUACAACCGCAGCUUUUAUGCAACACCUUAUCCUGUAUUUUUGGAAUCGAUUUGAGGUACCGGCUUUGCAAAGGUUCAUGCAAAAUCGACGAUCACAACUUCAACAACACCCAGACUUUCACAUUACCUCAUCUACUAUCCUUGCAUCAACAUUACACAUCACAAGAUUCAACACAAGGAACCAGGGAUUAACUGCCACAGAUCUGCCUCCCGGGACAGGGUUCAGACCUGGUUUUGAUCAAUCAAUGCCUCAGAAUGGACCAGGAGUUGCUGACACUCAAGGGAGGUCAGAAAAUAAUCCUGGCAGGGUUGCCAACCCUGCACAGAUUCCUGGGCAAGGUGAUAUUCGACAAGCUGAAAGGGGUCCCAACCCUGGAUCUAUGAAUUCGUUCAGUUCUUUGUUAUUAUGGAUAUUAGGAGGUGCUUCAUCUGAGGGUCUCAACUCGUUUUUUUCCAUGUUCAGAGAUGUGAGGGACCAAGGACAAGUUUAUACUGAAACUCCUAGGCAUGAUAACCGCGAGAAUCAAGAGAGUGAAAGACAGCGGUGAAAAGUUUCAAUUGAGUGGAUAACUUGUUAAUACAGGAGUGAUGUGUUCAAUAUCAUAUAUAGCUGACCGGACUGCUUUCUUGUCGUUCUAAAUGAAAAUAAAACAGAAAUCAUGUAUAUUGUUUAUAGUUUUUGCUUUAUAGAAGCUGAAAUUUAUAUUUUAUGCAAGUCUUGUCUCUCUGAUA